AUGGGCAGUCGUGUAUAUGAUCCUAUUCAUGAUGUGUUUCAGGCUUCCCCUGAUGCAGGAGGUGGUCAGGAUAGAAAUGGUGGGUCCAAAGUUGAGUUAGAGGCUAAGAAAGGUGAGGCCAAGGAGGAAGAGGAUGGGGAACCAGAACAGGAGCCAGAACAGGAACAAGAGCAAGAACAUGGGGAUGAUGAUGAUGAAGAAGAGAAGUCUUUGGCUAAAAAAACUGAUUUGUUAGUGCCUUCAGUGACCACUGGCAAGAAGAAAAUGAAGGAAUCAAGCAAGUACAAUAGACAUUUGAAAAAACCAGACGGUGAUUAUUUCACUAGAAGUGAUGUUCAGUUUCAUUUCUUGUCUUUACUGUUGUCUGACAAGAGACUGCUGUUCACCAAUAUUUUUAAAGAUGUGUAUUCUAAAAAUAUUGCACCUGUACCUGCGGAAAACGAAACUAUCAACGUAACAGAUUCAAAUUACGAUGCUAGAUGUUUUGUUUUCAAUGACAAGUUGACCUUUUCUCAAGCUUACAUUUUGGCAGUGGCUUGCUCGACAAAGGGAUCAAAGAUACUGCGUGACAAAAUGUUAUAUGACCAACAAGUUGCAUUCUCAACUUGUGUAUUAGGCUUCUUAGUUAAUAUAGGUAGGUUGAACACUACUGUAAAUUUUUACCUCGAGAUGACAUCUCAAUUGAGGACAUUCCAUUCUGUUCCAUGUUUACAGUAUGGCAAUUCUGAUCCCAAGUCAUUGCAAGAUACCCCUAGAUUGAAAUCUAUUCUCAAAAGUUUGGCUGUGGGGAAUGAUCCUGUGGAUCUAUCAAAGGUUUACGAAAAUGUACAGACGAUUGACAAGAUGAACAUCAUUAACUUGAUAUUCACCAUAUGUGACAAUGUAUCUUUGAUCAAUAUGAAGUUCAUCCAGAAAUAUGUAGACGUCAACGAACAAUUUUCUACUUUGUUUAGUAUGCUAGAUUCGCCAGGCUAUGAACCGGAGGAUAGAUGUACCGUGUUGCUAUGGUUGUUAUAUAUUCACUUAGAGACUGAUCUGUCCGACGAACAAGUCGAAGAGGCUGUAAAACUAUUUGCCGAGGAAGGUGAAACAAAACUAAAAUUAAGGGCCACUUCAAAGGAUUACGAUGUAGACCCAGAAGAAGAAAUAAACUUCGGUAAAGAACAACAGAUAAAGAGAAGAGAAUUCAUGGCAAAGAUAAAUGCUAAACAUAUGGAAGAACAAAAAGAGGGAAGGAAAUCUGCCGAGGCUUCAUCCCCUGUAAAAGGCAAUGAUAUAGAUGUCGAUGAAGAUAAUGAAUCGACACGAAAUAAUGACAAAGAAGAUUCGGCGGUUCCUUUAGAGGAAUCAAAUGUCGAUGAUGGGACUGGAGAAAAAUCGCAACAGCCGCCAUUAAAGAAGAGGAGAGUUCGUGAACCUAAAUCUCAAUUAGCUGCUAAAGAAAGGCCAUCUACAGCCUCAUCUCUAGAGUCUUCAAAAUCAUCUAAUGUGUCGCCAUUACCAAAAUCAGAUUCUGUACCACUGACGAGUGAGCAAUCAGAUAGACAACUACGUGUCUCUAAAUUACUCGAAACAGAUGAAAAGAAGUAUGUUUGUAAAGGAUUAGAAGAAGGCAAACUGGUAUCACAAUCACAAUUCAUCAAUGAUUUGACUACAGCUCAGGCAUUUGCCAAACUAAAGAGAAAAGAAUUAGGAUUGAUGAAAGCAUUUAAUGAAUUCGAAGAUAUAUCAUUGGCAAAUGUUCUUGGUGUACGUGGUAGAAAGAGAAAGAAGUUUAAAAACAAUUUAUUAGGAUUUGAAACUGAUUAUCUAAAAUACUUUGGCUAUAUCAAGAAAAAAUUACUAAAUAAUAAAGAUGAAUUUGAAAAUGUAGAUUAUGGAGAUAAUAGCGAGCCUAUUUUUAAGCUGCCUGAUGAUGGACUAUAA